AUGUUGAAGAUCUCAUUGCUUGCAAGGGACAACACCAGCAAGCCCAAGUACUUGGAUGAUGGGUUCAAGUCACUCUCGGAGAGUAGUAGUAGUAUCACUUCAGAGAGGAUCCAUCGUGCAGAGGAAGCCAGUGGAUUGUCGAUGAUGCAAACCUUGAUUCACUUACUGAAAUGCAACAUUGGCACAGGGCUCCUGGGACUUCCUCUGGCCAUGAAAAAUGCCGGCUUAUUGGUCGGUCCUGUCAGCCUGCUGGCCAUUGGGAUCCUCACCGUGCAUUGCAUGGUCAUCCUGUUGAAUUGUGCUCAUCACCUAAGUCAGAGGCUGCAGAAGACUUUUGUGAACUAUGGAGAAGCCAUGAUGUACAGUCUCCAAACCUGCCCAAAUGCCUGGCUGAGGACACACUCAGUGUGGGGAAGGUACACUGUCAGCUUCUUAUUAAUCAUCACCCAACUGGGCUUCUGCAGUGUUUAUUUUAUGUUUAUGGCAGACAGUUUACAACAGAUGGUGGAAGAAGCCCACGUGACCUCCAAAACCUGUGAACCCAGGAAGAUCCUGGUGCUGACCCCCAACGUGGACAUUCGCUUCUACAUGUUGACGAUCCUGCCCUUCCUGAUCCUGCUGGUGUUUAUCCAGAACCUCAGGGUGCUGUCCAUCUUCUCCACACUGGCCAACAUCACCACCCUGGGGAGCAUGGCUCUGAUCUUUCAGUAUAUCAUGCAGGAGAUUCCAGAUCCCAGGAAUCUACCCUUGAUGGCAAGCUGGAAGACCUUCUUACUGUUCUUUGGUACAGCCAUCUUCACAUUUGAAGGCGUCGGCAUGGUUCUACCUCUCAAAAACCAGAUGAAGUAUCCACAGCAGUUUUCCUUUGUUCUGUACUUGGGGAUGUCCCUUGUCAUCGUCCUCUACAUCUGCCUGGGGACACUGGGCUACAUGAAGUUUGGGUCGAACACCCAGGCCAGCAUCACCCUCAACCUGCCCAAUUGCUGGUUGUACCAGUCAGUCAAGCUGAUGUACUCCAUUGGCAUCUUCUUCACCUAUGCCCUCCAGUUCCAUGUCCCAGCUGAGAUCAUCAUCCCCAUCAUCAUCUCCCAGGUGUCAGAGAGCUGGGCGCUGUUUGCAGACCUGUCUGUCCGCACAGCCUUGGUCUGUCUGACCUGUGUCUCAGCCAUCCUCAUUCCCCGCCUGGACCUGGUCAUCUCCCUGGUGGGCUCCGUGAGCAGCAGUGCCCUGGCCCUCAUCAUCCCUCCCUUCCUGGAGCUCAUCACCUUUUACCCUGAAGACAUGAACUGUAUCACCAUUGUGAAGGACAUCAUGAUCAGCAUCCUGGGCCUUUUGGGGUGUGUAUUUGGAACAUACCAAGCCCUCUAUGAAUUGACCCAACCCAUCAACCAUUCUGUAGCCAACUCCACAGGUGUCUAUGCAUAA